GGACGGCGCUGCUGCUCUUCGGUAGGUGGCGCUGGUGCAGCUGUGACCAACAUUAAAACACAGAAGAAGAAAGCGCGGCUGCAGCAGCCGCAGAAGAAGAAGCUGUUCGCUCCUCGGGACCAGCGGUCCGGUUUAUUAACGGACACACGUUGAUCCAGCAGCGGAACCGGCGGGAUGGACACCGACACGGCUUCACCGGACGCAGCUGAAGACGUCCGGAUCAAACUGGAGCCGGACGGCGACGUGGAGAUCCAGUCGUAUCCGGUCCUCAAGAAGCUGUCCGUCAAACUGACCGACUGCAGGGCGUUGCUGGAUGGGCGGGACUUCCUGUCUCUUGACGAGCACCCUCAGCUCUGCCACCAGAGGCAGAUCCACGCGACCAACACCGGCAGAAAGAUGGUGUACUGCUCCGAGUGUCAGAGAGGGUUCUACAAGAGGUCUCACCUGGAGGCUCACCGGAGAACCCACCGGGGACAGGAACCCAACCAGUGCUGGCAGUGCGGGAAGACCUACCCGACCCUGAUGAGCCUCGUGGUGCACCAGCAGAUCCACGACCGCAAGGAGCCCUACCGGUGCUCCUACUGCGAGAAGACCUUCGCCCUGAAGCGGGACUGGAAAACCCACCACCGGACGCACUCGGGGACCAAACCCUUCAAGUGCUGGUUCUGCGGGGACGGCUUCAGCGAGCAGGACGAGCUCACCGAGCACCUGGAGGUGCACGAGGGGGAGAAGUGCUACCACUGCAAAGUCUGCGACAAGAUGUUCGUCUCCUACCAGGGCUUCAACUUCCACCGCAAGUCCCACAAGAGCCAGAAGCUGCUGCCCUGCCUGAAGUGCAAGAAGACCUUCAGCAACCCCCAGAGUCUGAAGCUGCACCAGGUGACCCACUCCAACAGGAAGCCCCACAAGUGCCCCACCUGCGGCAAAGGCUUCAAGCUGCUGAGCGGCCUGCGGUGCCACCAGAGGACCCACGAGGACCUGAGGGACUACCACUGCACCGAGUGCGGCAAGUGCUUCUCCAGCCUGCAGGGCCUGAAGCUGCACAACCGCACCCACACGGGCCUGAAGCCCUACAAGUGCACCGAGUGCGGCAAGAGGUUCACCCAGUCGCCCCACCUCAAGUCUCACAUGGUCACCCACACCGGGGAGCGGCCCUUCCUGUGCACCACCUGCGGGAAGAGGUUCACCCAGUCGUCCCACCUGAGUCCCACAUCACGCUGUUCCACGUGGGCGAGAAGCCGUUCACCUGCGACGACUGCGGGAAGAGCUUCACCAUCGCCCACUACCUGAAGAUGCACCGGCUGAGCCACACCAAGGAGAAGCUGUACCAGUGCUCCUACUGCGAGAAGUCCUUCUC